AUGGACGACCUGACCGACCUCACAGGCUGCCGACCACCUGGUCCUCCGCCGCUCUUGUCAGAAACCCAAAUGCUCCAGCUCGCGCAGCAGGGUUGGUUAUCCUUGCGUCUGCCUGCACGGCCGGCGGAGACCUUGGCGGACCUGUUCACCAUUUCGGCCGCCUUUUUCGAUCAGCAGGCUCCCGCAAAGGCGAGGGCGUAUCCCUCCAAGUCCGGCACCGAGUUCGGGUACUACAGGGUCGAGAAGGAGAAAGAGUACGUCACCUUCCGCUGUCGAGUCCAUACGGCUCCCUGUUCCUCUUCCCCUUCCUCAUCGCAAUCCACGACAGUCGUCCCCGCGUCACUGCACAGCUUGGAGGAUGCCGCAGCCCGAGCAUGGCAAGACUGUGCGCUUCUUCUGUUCCGCAUCCUGUGUGACCUGGCGCGAUGGUCGCAUCUCGACCCGUCGUCCGUGUGGGAUGACAUUCUCGACGGCACCCUGACGAUGCCUCCCGCGGAGGACCAGAUGACAUAUACGCUGCUGCGGCUGUUUCGGUACGUCCCCACGACGGGGGUUGCUGAAACACACACCGACCUAGGCUUGUUGACGCUCUGCGUGGGCGAUCGGGAUGGGCUGGAAGUUCUGGAUCGACGACGGUCCACGGACGACCGCCCCGUCUGGAUCAAUGCCGCGGGUGAAGCACGUACGGCGACCAUCCUGGUUGGGCAGACGCUCCGGGCUCUGUCGAAUGAGACAUUCAACGCGGGCGGACAUCGUGUGGUUGGCAACGCGGCGGGAAGACACAGUGUGGUGUUUGCACUCCGCCAUUCGUCAAGACACGAUGUGGACUUUGGUUUGUUUGGUGGCCAAGGGCGUGUCAGGCCCAGCGAGCUGUACAGGUGCAUUGACGUCGGGAAGGUCAAUAUUAAUACUGUCAAGAAAAGGAGGGAUGCCCAACGAGCGGAUGACCUCGCGGGCAGACUCGCGAACGAAGCAUUGCGGUGUAACACAGUAGACAGAACAUAG